UUAUUCAUUAAAACGUCAGUUAUGAUAAAAGAUUCAACAGUACUAUUUAUAAAUUGGUAAAGUUUAUAACGGAACUGAAAGACAACCGGAAGUUUGAUAAUUACAGUUAAAAGUGCCUACUAAUCUGAAACAAAUUCCGAUAUACGAUAUAAACGUUCGAGAAUAGAAGUUGCAAUUAAAUUGCACCAAAAGGCUUACGGAACCAAUCAAGAAUUAGGAAACAUACAGACUACAUGAAGCCAUGGCAACCGAAGACGAGUAUUUCAUCAAACCAGAACUUGAAAUCGUGGACGUCGCUCAGUGCGAGAGCUCAUCCGAACCUUAUGAAUGCGAUUUUUGUUUCUCGAAUUUCAACCUUAAAUCUGAAUUAGAUCGACACAUGGCAACAUUGCACGAUGAAGAGACAGUCUCGAAGCAAGAAAACCAGCAGAAUUCUAGCCACAUAUUACAGUGUAAGGACUGUGGAAUGGAUUUUGCGGAUCGGAAACGUUUAACUGAACAUGUGAGCCUUGCCCAUAAGGGUUCGUCAUCGAACAAACCGCACAAAUGUACCAUUUGCUCUGCAUCCUUCAAACAGAAGUACACUUUGAACAAUCACGUUCGGACCCAUAGUUACGUUCGAGAGUUUCAGUGUGACCUAUGCGACAGUGAUUUCAAGCACAAGCGGAGCUUAGACGUUCAUAAAAAGAUUCAUGCUGGCGUCAAGCUAUUUGAAUGUCAAGUGUGCGGACACGCCUUUGUCCGCAAGUAUCAUCUAACACAACAUAUCCGAACGCAUACGAAGGAACGACCAUACCAAUGUGUACAUUGCUCGAAAACGUUUAGGCAGAGUGGCGCUCUGCAUGCUCACGUUCGAAUACACACCGGCGAGACCCCAUUCAAAUGUGGCCACUGUCCAGCAGCCUUUAAGCAAAUAAAUGCCUUAAAUUGUCACUUGAGAUCGCACCAUGGCUAUGAGAACGCUCAGUACGAACACGAUUACAAAUGUCCAGUUUGUACGGCCUCAUUUUCAAGUAACAGCAGUCUUCGUCUACAUCUUACUGUGCACACCUAUGAUCGUAGUCACAAGUGUAGCACCUGUUCGGCGACGUUCAAGCAUAGAUCGAGUCUACGCAACCACGUUCUAACACAUUCCAGGGAGUUUAAAUUCAAGUGUACGUUAUGCAAAGCGGGAUUUCAUUUGAAGCCGAAUUUGGUCGAACAUAUACGUAUUCAUACCAAUGAGCGACCAUUUGUGUGUAACGUGUGCUCGACUGCUUUUCGGACCAAAAGUGCUUUGAAUCGGCACAUAUUAACGCAUACUAAAGAGAAGAAUUACCAAUGCGACAUUUGUGGUUCCAAAUUUGCUACAUACAAUUUAGUUAAGACUCACGUACUACGGAAUCAUGCGCGGAAAAGGUAGAAUUUGAAGAUUGUUAAAUAUAUAAGUCUCAACUAUCGACGGUCGAAUAUAUGAUGAUUU